AUGCCACAAGCCAAACACCAUAUAUCAAAUACCAAAAGUCAAUGUACCCACAUGUUCUCAGACAAGACCAUCGGUCUCAUCUGGCCAAAAGAACAAAAUAUUUCUCAUGCCUGUGCUGCCUCCAGGGCGAACACUUUCGAAGAGCAAUGGGUCAUGAGAGCAAUCAAGGUACAAGCAGCAUCAGAGCUGAAGAUAGCGAAUGUCCCCACUGUGUCCUGA